AGCUCCCCCUGCGUGGUUUCAUAUAUGUUCUGUAUAUAUAUAUAAUCCAAUGGAGCUGCUGGUCUCACUUCAACGGUCCGGAUUCAGGAUGGCAUUGGUCAGUCUGCAAACGAUCUUCCUCGGAUCGAUGUUGAUCUUCAACGACCACACUUCAUCAUCAUCAUCUUGCUCAGCUGCUGCUGUCCCAUCCGGUUGCAUGAGCGAGGAUGAUCUCAGGAUUCGUGGUGAAACGUUUGAGGCGAAAUACAAGGACAGGACACGUGACCUCGGACAGAAGGACACGAGGGAGACCUGCGAGCAGGCGGCGAAGAACCUGAGCGGAGGGAUGAACACGCGCUCCUCGUCCCCGUGGAGGUACAGGCUAAACCGAGAAGACGACAGGUUCCCUCGUGACAUCUUCUUCGCCGAGUGCGUUUGCGACGGCUGCAUCAUUGAUGGUCACAAAAUCGACUUGAACUACAACUCUGUGCGUGUGAAUGCUUCACUCAUGGUCCUGAGGAAGAUCUCUUGUCCAGGUUACCACGACAAAUAUAAAGUAAGGAAGGAGAUUAUCAGCGUCCCCGUGGCCUGCACCUGUGUCAUGCCGAAAGUAAUAUCAUCCAAGUAACUGUCGUAAACAUGUGCUGACGUGUGAUUGAGGUUGCAUUUAUCUAUCCAGGUGAUCAGUUAUGUGUUUGUGCAAUUUGAAGCAGAGAUUUUUCUCUUAAUCACUGAUUUUAGAAAUGUUUAUUUUGUCAGUUUACAAAGGCGCUCCACAGAGAGUCAAAGUGAAACCAGAACUUUUGGGUUCAGUUCCAAAAGUAAGUUUUAUGUCAGUCUGUCGACCAAUUUAGUCCAAUAACUAUUAGAUAGAUUGCUGUGACAUUUUCCAGAAACAUUUGUGGUCCCGAAAAUGAAUUCUACAGAUUUUAUUGAAAGCCAGCAGGUUGACAUUUUUGCUUUUUAGUAUAACUCUUGGAUGGAUUAACAUGAACUUUGGUUGAAAUAUUCAUGUUCACCUGAGGAUGAGUAAUAAGUUGAGGCGAUCCAAUAACCUUUCCUCAUUAUCAGAAAAUAAACAUUACACCUGCUAAAGAUCAGGAGGUUUGGGGCUUUUCCACCAACAAAAGGACCAGGUAUGUGAAUUUUGACCCAUUCGAUCAUUUCAACCAAAAACUAGAACAUUUCUAAAUAAAUGUAGAGUGUGUCUGUAAACAUUAUUAUUGACACUGCAGCAG